GUCAUUUCCUUUGGAUUCCUCUUUUAAUGUUGUUAGUGGAGCUUAUUAGCUCUGCUGCUUCUGUGGAGCUACUCUACUUACAUUUUACAAGAGUUGCUGCAUAUCUAAUACAGGAUUUUGAUCUUCCCCAUAAAAACUGGACCCAUCUGUGAACCACGCUGAAUGUUCUGUGGCACAAAGUCAGCAACAGAGCUUUUAUCUGAUAACAGUUGACAGGUUAUAUUACUCCCUGAAUUAGGAUUAUAAGAAGGGAAAAGAAAAAAAAAAAGAUCAGCUCACUCUUUUUGCGUUACUCAGUUUCAUUCUCUCAGGGUGCUCAAGAAUGGAUUUACCUUUAAGUGUCACUGCCACCUGGAACAUUCGGCACCAUAUAUGAGAAGGUGACUACUUGUUAAAUAUUCCCUUUAGGAAAGGGAGGCAGGGUCCAAAGUGCACACACUUUACUCCCAGGGUAGAUGAGGCAACCAGAGAGGGGAAGAAAAAAAAAAAAAAAAAAAAAGACAAAGCUGUUCAUCAUCUCUGUUUUGCAUAAGAAGAACAAAGUCCACCCAUGUUGCUUGUCCUAGUCAUAUUAAUCUGUUGAUUUUCAAAUGAUCUUUCAGAGAGCUAGAAGCAAACUAAGAACGACUUGCACGUAUUAUUUUACAGAGAACUAUCCUAAAUCAAUUUAAAAUGCAUCUUAAAGAUGAAAAGCAGAAGUAUACUGUCAAUGGAAAUACAUAUGAGAACGCUACCUCCAUCCGGGAUCAAGAUCCAGAAGACAAAAAGAAGAAAAAGAAGAAGAAAGGAGAAAAGCCUAAAAUGGUCAGCCCGUUAGCACUGUUUCGAUACUCCACCUGCACAGACAAAUUAUUAAUGAUAUUUGGCUCUCUCUUGGCAAUAGCCCAUGGAAGCAGUCUCCCUAUAGCAAUGAUAAUUUUUGGUGACAUGACUGAUAGUUUUGUUACUUCUGGUGACACAAAUACUACAGGAAACCAUUCUACACAGAAUUCCCCUUCAGAGAUGCUUGACAAGCUGGAAACAGAGAUGACAAAAUAUGCAUACUACUAUACUGCAAUAGGAGCUGCUGUUCUUGUUGCUGCUUAUGUCCAUACAUCAUUCUGGACACUGGCAGCAGGCCGACAAGUUAAAAAAAUUAGAGAAAAAUUUUUUCAUGCAAUUAUGAAACAGGAGAUUGGAUGGUUUGAUGUAAACGAUGCAGGAGAACUUAACACUCGUCUCAUAGAUGAUGUCAGCAAGAUUAAUGAAGGAAUAGGUGAUAAAAUUGGAUUGCUUAUUCAGUCAGAAACGACAUUUAUAUCAGGAUUUGUUGUUGGUCUUGUAAGAGGAUGGAAAUUAACCCUUGUAAUACUUGCAGUCAGUCCUGUCCUAGGACUUUCAGCAGCCCUCUGGGCAAAGAUUCUCACUGCAUUCACCGAUAGAGAGCAAGCUGCAUAUGCAAAAGCAGGAGCUGUUGCAGAGGAAGUUCUGAGUGCAAUCCGUACUGUAGUAGCUUUUGGAGGGCAAGAAAAAGAAAUUAAAAGAUACCAUAAAAAUUUAGAAGAUGCUAAACGCAUUGGAAUAAGAAAGGCUAUUACAUCUAAUAUUUCUAUUGGUGCUGCUUUCUUACUGAUAUAUGCAUCAUAUGCAUUGGCCUUCUGGUAUGGAACUACCUUGGUCUUAACUGAUGAUUACACUAUUGGCAAGGUUCUUACAGUCUUUUUCUCUGUACUGAUUGGAGCUUUCAGUAUUGGACAAACUGCUCCAAGCAUAGAGGCAUUUGCUAAUGCAAGAGGAGCAGCCUAUGCAAUCUUUAACAUCAUUGACAAUGAACCUCAAAUUGACAGUUAUUCAAAUGCAGGACACAAACCAGACUACGUUAAAGGGAACUUGGAAUUCCAAAAUGUUUUCUUCAAUUACCCAUCCAGACCAGAUGUUGAGAUACUGAAAGGCUUGAAUCUCAAGAUUAAUUGUGGCCAGACAGUAGCCCUGGUUGGUGGCAGCGGCUGUGGAAAAAGUACAACUGUUCAGCUCAUCCAGAGAUUUUACGACCCCAAGGAAGGCACGAUUACCAUCGACGGGCAGGAUCUGAAGAGCCUGAAUGUAAGAUAUCUGCGGGAGAUUAUUGGUGUGGUGAACCAGGAGCCCGUGCUGUUUGCUACAACUAUUGCAGAGAAUAUUCGUUAUGGCCGCGAGGAUGUCACCAUGGAAGAAAUUGAAAAAGCUGCCAAGGAAGCUAAUGCUUAUGAUUUCAUCAUGAAGCUCCCCAAGAAGUUUGACACUGUGGUUGGAGAAAGAGGGGCACAGAUGAGUGGAGGGCAGAAGCAGCGAAUAGCCAUUGCCCGUGCUCUGGUUCGCAAUCCUAAAAUUCUUCUGCUUGAUGAGGCAACAUCAGCUUUGGAUAAUGAGAGUGAAUCCGUUGUGCAGGCAGCGCUGGAUAAGGCAAGAGAAGGACGGACCACAGUUGUAGUAGCUCACCGUCUGUCAACUGUUCGAAACGCAGAUCUUAUCGCUGUGUUUGACGGUGGAGUUAUUAGAGAACAAGGAAAUCAUUCUCAACUAAUUGAAAACAAGGGAAUCUACUACAAACUUGUGAACAUGCAGGCAAUUGAGACUGAAGAUCCAUCGUCAGAAAAAGAUGAGAAUACAGUCAGCAUCAAAAGAAAUGGAUCUCCGUCAAGUCUGGAUGAAUCCUUUAAGAAAGGACUGAGAAGAGGAUCAACUCGGAGAAGCAUGAAAAAGCCAAAUGAUACUGAUGGGAAAGAUGGUUCACCUGCUGAAGAAUUACCUCCAGUUUCAUUUCUGAAAGUUAUGAAGUUGAACAAAAAAGAAUGGCCGUACAUUGUAGCUGGAACACUGUGUUCACUUGUCAAUGGAGCUUUACAACCUGCAUUUGCAGUCAUAUUUUCAGAAAUUGUAGGGAUUUUUUCAGAAAAAGAUAAAAGUGUUUUGAGAGAAAAGAGCAACUUGUAUUCACUGCUGUUUUUAGCAAUUGGGAUUGUUUCGUUUUUUACUUUCUUUGUUCAGGGUUUUGCAUUUGGCAAAGCUGGAGAAAUUCUUACAAUGAGGCUUCGAUUCAUGGCAUUUAAAGCAAUGCUGAGACAGGACAUGGCCUGGUUUGAUGACCCUAAAAACAGCACUGGAGCACUGACAACAAGACUUGCUAAUGAUGCCUCACAAGUGAAAGGAGCAACUGGCAUCAGAUUGGCAUUAAUUGCCCAAAACAUAUCUAACCUGGGAACUGGUAUUAUUAUAUCUUUAGUUUAUGGCUGGCAGCUGACCCUGUUACUUUUAGCUGUUGUACCAAUCAUCGCAGCGGCAGGAAUGAUUGAAAUGAAGAUGUUGGCUGGGCACGCAAAAAAAGAUAAAAUAGAGCUGGAAGCUGCAGGAAAGAUUGCAACAGAAGCUAUAGAAAAUAUUCGAACUGUUGCUAGUUUGACGCGGGAAAAAAAGUUUGAGUUGAUGUAUGGAGAGCAUUUGCAUGUACCAUACAGAAAUUCUGUGAAGAAGGCACAUAUAUUUGGGUUUUGUUUUGCCCUUUCACAAGCAAUGAUGUUUUUUACCUAUGCUGGCUGUUUCCGCUUCGGAGCCUAUCUUGUGGUUAACGGGUACAUGCAGUACAAAAGUGUGUUCUUAGUGUUUUCAGCUGUUGUAUUUGGUGCUAUGGCAUUAGGACAAACCAGUUCUUUUGCACCAGACUAUGCCAAAGCCAAGAUAUCAGCAGCCCACUUGUUUGUGCUAUUUGAUAGAGUACCUUCAAUAGACAGUUACUGCGAAGAUGGAGAGAGACCUGUAACAUUUGGGGGAAACACGAGGAUCAAAGAUGUAAAAUUUAACUAUCCAAACCGACCAGAGGUCAAAAUCCUCCAAGGCUUGAAUCUAAAAGUAGAAAAAGGACAAACAUUGGCCCUUGUUGGUAGCAGUGGAUGUGGAAAGAGCACUGUUGUUCAGCUACUUGAGAGAUUUUACGAUCCACUCAGUGGAGAAAUUGAGUUUGAUGACAAAUAUGCCAAAACACUAAAUAUCCAGUGGCUGAGAUCUCACAUUGGUAUCGUCUCACAAGAGCCAAUCCUGUUUGACUUCACCAUCGCUGAAAACAUCGCAUACGGGGACAACACUCGGGAGGUGUCCCAUGAGGAAAUCAUUAGUGCAGCAAAAGCAGCCAAUAUUCAUUCCUUCAUUGACUCUCUGCCAGAAAAAUACAAUACUCGUGUAGGAGACAAGGGAACACAGCUUUCUGGUGGUCAGAAACAACGUAUUGCUAUUGCUCGAGCUCUUGUACGUAAGCCACAGAUUCUGCUGCUGGAUGAAGCCACGUCUGCCCUAGACACAGAAAGCGAAAAGAUUGUCCAGGAAGCACUGGAUAAAGCCAGAGAAGGCCGCACCUGCAUCGUGAUAGCUCACCGCCUGUCCACCAUCCAGAAUGCUGACAAGAUUGCUGUGAUCCAGAACGGCAAGAUCAUAGAGCAAGGGACUCAUCUGCAGCUUCUGGCUGAAAAAGGCUUCUACUAUUCACUGGUCAAUGUUCAAAGUGGGUCUUGCAACAUGUAAAUUAAAGGCAGUACUUCUCUCCAAAGUGUCACUCAAAUUAUUUCAAUACUACAUAAUAUUACUGGUCAGUCUUGAUAUUUUUUUUUCUCCAAAACUAAAGACUUUUUAUAAAUCCUAUGAAAACAAGAAAUAACAAUGUACUAGUUUCUCACUACUAGUUUUCAUUAUUCAAACUACUUUACUGCGUGCCCGAAGUAGAAGCCUAUUACACCCAUAAAAGUAGAAGCUUGCUAAGCCAAAUUUAAUUCAUGUUAGUUGCUUUGAACUCUAGCAAAAUCAUGCUCUUCAGGCACAUCUGGUAAACAGUAUGUAAACAUGGUAGUACACAUUAAAACCAGUGUUACUAUUGCUAGGAACAAGCCUUAAGCCUUAUCUUAACAUUGCCUUAUGCUGACUGUGUAGGGACCCAGUUAUGGUCUAUUAGGCUUGUUAUCAACUUAUGAAAACUUGCAGGCCAACUGGACCUUGAUGCCAGAUAUCUCUUGUGGAGCUUUAGCCUGGGAUUACUGCAAAUAUGAUCUUGGAAAUAUGGGUACAGGUUGAAAAAUAAGGCCUCAGAACUAUUAAGAAGUAUCUCACUUGUGAUCACUUACUCACUGUGGAAGAAAUGUGACUAAAUGCUGGGAAAGAUUGCUUUAAAUAUAUUACAGAAAAGAAGCAGCAGAUAAGAAAUUAUAAUUACACAGCAUGAGCUCUGUGGUUUUGUAUAUCAACUGCUAAUUUAUUAUCUGAAUUUUAAGAGUUAACUGCUUUGAAUAUGUUAUAAUAGCCAUUAAGAUUUUACCAUUAGCAAUGUGUAUUGUUAAUGAAUGUCUCUGAAGUAAAGUUCUAUUUUAAAAUUUAAAACUGGCCUGUUUUAUCAGUCUUGUGUAUUUCUGUCAGCAGUUUUUAAUUCUCUAAGAUUUAUAUAUAUAACCUGCCUAGGUACAUGUGGAUAGUUACUCUUACACAUAUAUGAAUGUGCUGAUGGAUAAGUUGGUCGUUAUAUUAAUAAUGCUCUCCAGAAUACUGAUUAAUGUGAUCAUUCUUCAAUUUCUUUUCUUCUGUGCCUGUUGGACUGAACACCAGUUUGAGUACCAAACUUUUUUGUUUCCUGCAACCUGAAAAAAUAACUCCUUGUCCAUGAGAAAGGCUAUUAGUCUGCAUCAUAAUAUAAACACAUCAUAAAUUUGCAAGGAGGGUACUGAUAUUUCUUA